CACAUGCAGUGUACCAAAAAAAUCAAAUCUUUGAAGUUUCAAGAAGAGUAAAGAUUUCAGCUUUUUUCAAGAAGAUUAAUGUUUUUUUCACAAUUUUGUGUUUUGAGGUCAUUGAAAUGGAAAGAGUAGAGUUGUCUGAGGUGGGUUCUUGUUAUUCUCAGUUUGGUUCUAAAAAUAAAGAUGAUUAUAGCUAUACACGUGGCAGUAAGUCUGAUGGUUCAGUUGAUAUAGAAAAUGGCGAUGAUGAAAGUAAUAAGGUGCAUUUAGGGGAAAUUGUUGAAAGAGAUUGUAGAAUCUGUCACUUGAGUUUGGUGGAUAUUGGAGUUGAGUCUGGUGUUGCUAUUGAAUUGGGGUGUUCUUGUAAAGAUGAUUUGGCUGCUGCACAUAAGCAUUGUGCUGAAACUUGGUUUAAAAUCAAGGGAAAUAAGACUUGUGAAAUAUGCAAUUCGAUUGCACGCAAUGUUGUUGGGCCAACUGACAUUGAGUCAGCACAGCAAACAAAUGAAACAAAUGCUUUGGCUACAAAUGCAGCCGCUGCACAAGUAUCUGCCUCUUCAGAGAGUCGAACUUGUUUGAAUGGUCAUCGAUUCUUGAAUUUCCUUUUAGCUUGUAUGGUAUUUGCCUUUGUCAUCUCUUGGCUUUUCCACUUUAACAUCCCCUCAUAGUAUAGUAAAAAUUCACGUGCCGUGUGUAAAUGCCCAGUGAAGGCAAUUGAAGAGGGCCUGGGAUGUUAAAACGAAAUAUUUACAAGCCAAGCAGGGAAAACCUUGAGAUGUCUCAUAAAUGGGAUCGCCGAUAGAAGUUGAAACAUCUUCUCCACCAUGGAAACCUGGAGAAGUGUCCAAGACUUCAAAGAUAAGCCCCCAUUUUCAAAAAUUUCAUCUAAAUGUUUUACUUCUAAAAAUGUCUUUUUAAAUGUUGAGGUUGAUAAGUUCUAAAUCCCAUUAGAUGAUAUGAUAUUUAGAUUUGGAAUUGUAAUUGUCAAAAUAUUUUGACUCCAUAUAAAUUUGCUGUGUGCAAUUAAAGUAUAAAUAUGUGGAGCAUGUCUUCUUGUACAAAGAAAGUAGCUCAAAGGAUUUGGACGGUUUUUCACCGAUCUACUAUACAUCCAAUGUAACAGACUUGUCACUGGUAAGUUUUUACAAAUAAAUGGUGGAAAUGUAAACCUACAAAUAAGUUGAUUUUAAAGGUAAAACCCGCAUAACAAUCCCUAAAUUAUCAAUUGCUGAAUAACAAGCCAAUAUUAUUAAUCGGCUAAACA